AUGGGCAGAAUCAAGAAGAAGGGCCAGGCCGGCGCGGCCAAGAACUACGUGACCCGUACCCAGGCUGUCAAGAAGCUUCAGCUCAGUCUGCCCGAUUUCCGAAAGCUCUGCAUCUGGAAGGGCAUCUACCCGCGCGAGCCUCGCAACCGCAAGAAGGUCUCCAAGUCCUCGACCCCCUCGACCACCUUUUACUACGCCAAGGACAUCCAGUAUCUGCUGCACGAGCCUCUGAUUCAGAAGUUCCGCGACCAGAAGGCCCUUGAGAAGAAGAUUUCCAAGGCCCUCGGUCGUGGCGAUGUGGCGAUGCGAAGAGGCUCGGGGGAAACGCCGGCGACCUGGGACGACUGGCUGGUCAGGCAACAGCAGGGGCAGAUCGCGGAAGGCGAGACGACCGAGCACCACCCCGACCCCGAGACCCAGGCGGCCGUCAACAAGGUCGUCAAGAAGCUCAAGGGUGCCGCCGAUGUCACGGACGAGGCCUCGAGCGACAACUCGGAAGCCGCUGAUACCAACGCCAUCGACAAGUUCGAGCCCGCCGCCCCCGGUGGUGACAUUCUCCCGCAGCCCAGCUACUCCAGCUCGGACGUCGGCAAGCUCUUCGCCCACUGCACCUUCUACCUGUCGAGGGAGACCCCGCGCGGCCCCCUCGAGUUCAUCCUGCGCGCGUUCGGCUGCAAGCGCAUCGGCUGGGACUCGGUCCUGGGCGAGGGCGCCUACACCACCGACGAGCACGACCCCUCGAUCACGCACCAGAUUGUGGACCGCCCCAUCAUCGCCGGUGUGCCCGUCGAGGAGCAGGCCGAGGACAACCAGACGGCGCAGAAGCUGGGCCCCAACCAGCGCAUCCCGGCAGGGUCUACGUCCAGCCGCAGUGGGGUGUGGGACAGCGCCAACGACGCCGAGCUCAAGCGGCCGGAUCUGUACGCGCCCGGCGCGCAGCUGCCGCCGCAUCUGAGCCCCUUUGUGCGCGCCGUGCAGGGCCAGUACGACCCGACGGUGCCGCUCGAGGAGCAGGAGACCGAGGGCGAGGUUCUUGCCGACAGCGACGAGGAGAUGGACGACGAGCAGCUCGAGGCCAUGGCCCUCGAGGCGCCCGACAUGGACGUUGCCGGGUCGGAGGAGGACUCGGACGCCGCCGCGGGCGACGACUCGUUUGGCGGCUUCGACGACGACGAGGCCGAGCACGACGAGGAGGACGACGACGACGCGGCGCAGCGGCAGCUGGAGCUCGAGGCCGAGCUGACGGGCGCCGGCGUCAAGGCCAAGACGACGUCGGCGGCCAAGGCGAAGAAGGACGCGGCGCGCAAGGCGCUGGCGAAGAGGGCAGCCGAGGAGGAGGAGGAGCACGAGCGGGCCAAGGGCAUGCUGCCCAAGAAGAAGCGCAAGCUGUACGAGCAGAUGAUGUACACCAACAACAAGAAGAGCGCCGAGGCUGAGAAGCUGCGGGCCAAGAGGAGAAAGCACGAGAAGGAGGCAGGCAAGCGGGCUUAG